AUGGAUGAAACGUUCAUGCAAAAUGUAGCUCAGAAAUGUGAUCAUUUUGAAAAUGAUCCCGAGACUUUCAAAUCAUGGCUUAAUAAGAUUGAGAAAUUUACAUUAGAUUUUACACAAAAAUGCUCACUAAUUGACACAAAAGCUAGAGAUGUUGAACAAAAACACACCAAUAAGGAACCUAUGGGCGAGGAGGAUGAACUCGAUCAUUCAAAUAUUGACGACAAGGCACAUAUAGAAGAAUUAGGAAAAGCAAAAGAAGUUAGUCGUUUAAAAGGAUGGGGCAAGAUGGAUUUUUCAGAGCAGUGGGAUAUGGACAAAGCUCUAGGAGUGAUCCAAGAAAAUAUGGGUUACACUGGUGGGAAGGUUGGAUGUCGCUUGGGUUUCAUUCCAAGUAGUGGACUUGUGGUAUCCUGUCUCGGAGAAUUGCUGGCACGAAUCAUAAAUCCACACACAGCAUUAUUUUAUUCAAAUCCAGGUGCAGUUCAGCUAGAAGAGGAGAUGGUCAGAUGGUUGGUAGAGUUUGUUGGUAUGCCCACAUCUAGCCAAGGGGCCCUAGUGUCUGGGGCUUCUAUUGCUUCGAUUAUGGCAGUACGCACUGCAGUUCAGGCUAAACAUAUAAAGGCCAGGGACUAUCACAGACAGGUGGUUUACAUAACUCAACAUACCCAUCGCUGCAUCCUAAAGGCUCUAAAAAUCUGCGGGAUGGCAGAAUGUGAGGUGAGAACUGUGAAGCAUGACUAUGGAACACGAAUGGACCCUGAACAUCUUGAAACCUCUCUCAAGGAAGACAUGCAGAAUGGUCUUCAUCCAUUUAUGAUAAUUGCUACUUUGGGUAAUGUAGACAUUGGUGCUAUAGAUCCAUUAGAUGCUAUAGCAACUGUUGCUAAGCGACAUGACACAUGGUUCCACGUUGAUGCAGCCUAUGGAGGAUUUUACAUGUUUUCUAAAGAGGUUAGGCAGAAAUCUAAAGGUGUUGAGCUGGCUGAUUCAUUGAUAAUAAGUCCUCACAAGGGACUGAAUCUUCCCUGGGGUUCCAGCGCAUUAUUGGUGAAACACGGGGCCUACCUACAUGCUGCCAUGACCCUAGACACUCAAGGGAACUACCUCGCAGACACUCAACAUGAUCAUUAUAGCCCAAGUGAAUAUUCCCUGGAGUUGAGCCGUCCAUUCCGUGCUCUUCCACUAUGGUUAACCCUGAGAUUAUUAGGGACUUCUCAUUUUGAGGAUUGCAUUAGAGAAAAGAUGGCGCUAACAAUGUUCUGUUACGAUGAAUUGAAGAAGAUUCCAGAUAUUAAAGUUGGACCUGUGCCAGAACUUUCAAUAGUUGCAUUUCAGUUGAAGUCUAAGGAUAAUAAAAAACUUGAUGAACUACUGACAAAAAUAAAUCAAGAUGGCCGACUAUAUUUGUCCUCUACCAAAAUUGAUGGGGAAUUGUACAUUAGGCUGAGUUUUAACUCAAUGUCAACUCAUACAACUCAUGUUAAAAAGGCUUUGCAAAUCAUCAAAGAAUUUCUGAUGUUGAUCCUAAUAUAA